AUGGCUUCGGUUCUCGGUGGAAUCUGCCCGGCCUUCCCUCGCUUUUGUGUCCUUCUUGGCCUCCUUUUUUGCUGGAUGCUCGUCCUCUUUCUAGAUUGUUGCUGUGGAUUUUUGUGCUUUUUUUUAGGACCUUAACACGACUAGAAAACGCUGCAAAAAUCCUUAUUCAUGUGGGUGCCAACUACAACUACAACUACAACUACAACUACAACUACAACUACAGCCACUAGCUGCCUUUGCUUCGUCAAUCUUUUGAAAUUGGCAAUGAUUAGCUUCGUUUCCUUUAUGGCUUUUAGCGAUCCGAAGAAUCGCGCCAAGCCAAACUUAGUGCGGCCGUUGUGAAUGAUAUCGGUGGAUAAUAUCGCUUCGCGCUCAUUCGUGGGGGCCGCGCAUCCUACACGCGGGCGCUGGUUACCGCGUAUUUUCGUAUACUCGUCUCAAUGCGUUUGCUCGUUCCCGUCCCGCCCACCCUGGGUCUUACGUUGGGGCAUCUAAUUCGACUUGCAGCCUUCAUUCGCCAUCUUGCGCACGCAAUCCGAGCCAUUCGCACAUUUCAUACGGCCUUCCGUUCGUCAUUGCGCCUUACUCAUUCGCCACCCAAUUCGCCAUGCGUUCACUCCGUUACCAUUCACUACUUGCAUAUGCUUACUUGGCUUCACUUUCGCUCUUUCAUCAUAUUCAAGUAUGGCUGGCGGUGUGGCCUUUACUCACGGGGCACUUGCGUACGUCCACCCACAGCUUCCCGCCGCUUGACAUCGUCAUGCCUCCACGUUGGCACCUUUCGCGACCACUUCGCAUCAUACUCAUGCUCACGCAAGUCCUUGGUGGCACGCAUUAAGGAGAGUUUCUUGCUCCCACCCUCCCACACCUACGGUUUCAAGCUUCUCGUCUCCUCGCUCGCGCACAGUUCGGCUGUCUGCAAGUUCAAAGCUGGCAACAGCAUUUCAUUCGCAGGCGUGCGCGAGCGAGACUGA